AUGUCUGUAAAUAAGACAUUGAAAAAGCAAAAGUAUACUGAUCGCAAAACGAGUGCGAAUAUCGAGACCAUUGAAGCUGUGAAACAAGAAAAUGAUAACAGCGUUAAUGCAUUGGAUUACGAGGGUAUUAGCAACUGGCCUGCGGAUGAGCAGUAUCGACACUCAUCGCGAAAGGGGAAGAUCGUGACCGGUCACAAAAAGAAGAGACGACUGGCAAUGACAGAUGGUAGCGUGCAAACCCAACAGACCGCAAUCACGCUCGAUGAUGGAAUGAUGAAUGGUCCACGAAAAGUGGUGGGAAAACACAUCGAGAUUCAAAGUGUUCCACCGUACAACUUUGAUGAGCUGAUUCUGAACUCGAACGGAGAAGAAAAAGCUGAUCAGACACAAGUGGCACUAGCAGCAGAAGAUCGACUCGUAGAAGUUAUCGAUGUGGAAGAGAAACGACAAACCACAGGCGCUGUCAACGAUUUUGUCAAAGACAUCGAAAACGAUCUUAGUCCCAUUGUGGAAUACGCCAGAGAGCCUUUGCUGCCGCUCGCUGAAGCGUGUGCUCCACUAGAGAGCAUCGUCCACGAUUUAUACGUCUAUGUUCAGCUGGCGCUCGACGAAACCCCGAUUCAGCCGCCCGACGGCCUGACUAUUGACGAGAGUGCUGCGAUUCGGCUCUACACGAUCGAGUGGGUGGGACCGCACCGAAGUCUCUAUUCAAUGCUUAAUUACACGCUGAAGAAGGCCGAUCGC